AUGGCGUCGGUAGCCGCGUGGCUGCCGUUCGCCAGAGCCGCGGCCAUCGGGUGGGUCCCCAUCGCCACCCACCCGCUACCGCCCCCACCCGUCCCCAAAGACAGACGCCGCGCUGAAGACGAAAAACUCCUCAUCAACGUCUCCGGACGAAGAUUCGAAACAUGGCGGAACACCCUCGAAAAAUACCCCGACUCGCUACUAGGUUCCACCGAGCGCGAGUUCUUCUACGAUGAAGACAGUCGCGAGUACUUCUUCGACAGGGAUCCCGAUAUCUUUAGGCACAUACUCAAUUAUUAUAGAACGGGGAAACUGCAUUACCCCAAACACGAGUGCUUGACUGGGUACGACGAGGAGUUGGCGUUCUUCGGUAUCCUCCCAGAUGUUAUUGGGGACUGUUGUUAUGAGGACUACAGGGAUAGGAAAAGGGAGAAUGCGGAGAGACUUAUGGAUGACAAGCUCAGCGAGGCGGGAGACCAAAGCUUGCCCCAGCUGACGGAUCUGCGGCAGAAGAUGUGGCGGGCGUUCGAGAACCCCCACACGUCGACUGCCGCCUUAGUAUUUUAUUAUGUGACUGGAUUUUUCAUUGCCGUUUCUGUGAUGGCCAAUGUGGUGGAGACGGUUCCGUGCGGGCACAGGCCGGGUCGGGCGGGGACCCUGCCGUGUGGUGAGCGGUACAAAAUCGUGUUCUUCUGCCUUGACACGGCUUGCGUGAUGAUUUUCACGGCCGAAUACCUCCUUCGGCUGUUCGCGGCGCCGGAUCGCUGCAAGUUCGUCCGAUCCGUGAUGUCGAUCAUCGAUGUGGUCGCUAUCCUUCCGUACUACAUCGGGCUGGGGAUCACGGAUAACGACGACGUGUCGGGCGCGUUCGUCACCCUGAGAGUGUUCAGAGUGUUCCGUAUCUUCAAGUUCUCGCGGCACUCUCAGGGGCUGAGGAUCCUCGGCUACACGCUCAAGUCCUGCGCCAGUGAGCUGGGAUUCCUCGUGUUCUCGCUGGCGAUGGCGAUCAUCAUCUUCGCGACGGUCAUGUUCUACGCGGAGAAGAACGAACAGGACACCAACUUCACAUCCAUUCCCGCUGCCUUCUGGUACACCAUCGUGACGAUGACCACUCUCGGUUACGGAGACAUGGUGCCGGGCACGAUAGCCGGCAAGAUCGUGGGCGGCGUCUGCUCGCUGUCCGGAGUGCUGGUCAUCGCGCUGCCCGUGCCCGUCAUCGUGUCCAACUUCUCCCGGAUCUACCACCAGAACCAGAGGGCUGAUAAGAGGAAGGCUCAGAGGAAAGCUCGUCUCGCCCGCAUCCGUAUCGCCAAGGCAUCAUCAGGAGCCGCCUUCGUAUCCAAGAAGAAGGCAGCCGAAGCCCGUCUGGCUGCGCAGGAGUCAGGGGUGGAGCUGGACGACGCUGGCCGGGACGAGGACAUCUUCGAGUUGCAGCACCACCAUCUACUGAGGUGUCUGGAGCGCACCACGAUCGGGCCAAGCGACUUGCCGGCCUCGCACCUGUCUCGAUUGCAGGAAGACUCGGACUCCUCCCAAGACAAAGACCGGGAGUUCGUGGAGAUGGAGAACCCCUUCAACGGGGCAGCAAAGCGGCCGGGGUCCCCCUCCCCUCUCGCGUCGCCCGCGCACUCCGGGCGCGCGCCCGCUCUUCUGGCGUGCUGCGCGCGCUGCGGCUGCUGCCCGCAGAAGUACCAGGUCCUGCUUUUAGACUCGAGUAGAAAAAGUCGGCUGAAAGGCGCUCGCCGAUACACCGCCACCUCGCGGCCUUCUGACACGUCUGUUUCGGCCGCACCAAGCGAAGAUCCCCUACCACAAGCAUGCGGCAAAUACAUUCCGGCUGGCAGCACGGUUCAGGGGAACCAGACUGGUGUUGCCAUGGAUGGGACUUAUUUAGUGGAAGCAUCUUUCUAGGGCCCGUCCACUAGUACUCAUAUGGAGAGUUACGUGUAACGCGGGCCUGGGCCUACCUGAGGCCUCCCAGGCCUCGGCGCAGCCACCGCUAGGCUCGCAGGCCAGGCCCCGCCCGCCGGGCCUCCUUGCCUGGCCCCUCACACGGCAGUGGUACGCCACAGGACUCAAAAGCCAAAUCAAAGGCUGUUAUGAUUCGUCACCAAUUACUAGGUUAAUCGUUAAUCUGUCUUUUAAGUCUAACAUGAUACUGCCUACUGAUAUCUGAUUUGUAAAGAGGUAUUGGAUGGAAACUUUUGAAUGGAAACACUCAUAUAAACACCAUAGAUUGAAGAUGCAAUGGUCUAGUCUAGAAUAAUGAAACGAUUUCACCAGAAACAGAAAAGCUUGAAAUAAGUAAUUCUUAUUUUCGCAUUGAACAGCGAAAAUAAUGUGGCAGUGAAAUUUAACCCUACAGUGGUCGCGCGGAUUACACCCGUAAUCCACUCGUGCAAAUUGUCGAAUAUUUUGAAAUCGGUCAACGCGAUCGUUUUGAUACUUCGUGUACUUUAAGUUGCAUAGUCGCAGAUCACACUUUAUGACGUGUGAGCGCCAGGUCUCUUGUGGAUGUGUCGCAAGGAGCCCCGUAAAUGCCGAUGGUCUACCCGUGUAAUCCGCGCGACCAAUUACGUAAGUAUUUUUUAAGUUACCUUUUUUAAUUAAUGUGUUUGUUUUUGCAUUAUUAGUGUAAAUUAAUGCUUUAUAAUAAAUAAUUACGGCAUAGAUAUGUAUUAACAUUUGUGUUUUCAAUAAAAUCAUUGUAUUUUAGAUAAAAAUCAUGAACAAUAGACAAAAAGCACAAAUUGCAGAAUGGCUAGAAUUAAUUGACAAUGAAAGCGUAUCUUCUGGCGACUCUUCGGUUUCUGAUGAAGAAGUGCACAUUCUUCCACAAGAGAACAAGUUUCUCAGACCAGUGAUUAGCCAUCUAACUCAGAACCAUCACAGCGGAGUUUUUUAGGUCGCUACUUUGACUGCGGAAGAAAGCGAAAUCAAAGUACUGGAAAUACUUGUAAUUCGUGCAACAAAUUUAUUUGUCCUUAUCAUUCCAUGAUGGCCUGUAUCUCCUGUUCAAAAUACAAUGAAUAAAUAAGUGCAAUUAGUACUGAAUAAUUUCUAAACUGCCAAAGACGACAUUUUCUUGAUGAAAAAUGAUGAUUUUUAUGUUUUGGUUAAUUUAUAAAAACUGAGAAGAACUGCUCGUUUCUUUGUUUGAUUAUUUCAUUAACUAAUACAUAACAAUAAAUAAAAAAAAUAAAGAAACAUGUUUCUAUAAAGAGAUGUCUUCUUUUUUUACUCAAUAAAAUGGCUUACGCCUGUAAUCCGCGCGACCAUUGACGUAAUAUUUUUGAGCGCGACCACCGUAGGGUUAAAAUGACAGAUAAAAGAUGGUCAGUAUUAUUCUUCGCACUACAAGGACUUGUUAAUGUAUAUUUACAUAUGUAUAUAAUAGUAUAAUUUUGUGAAGUGUUUCUAUUCGAAUAUACAUUCUUUCAUUGUCCUCUCCAUGGAGAUUUCUUUCUUAGAAAUAAAGUGAAGACAAUGUAUUUAAGAUUUUAAUAUUAAUGACGGAUUUAACGAAUCUCGCUUCUAUUUUAACAACGAGAUGUCGGGAAUGACGAUGUGUUUUAUGAAAGACAAAUAGUUUCAAUCUUCAAUAUAGUCAAUAGUUAUUACAAUCAUAUCAUAUUAGGCAGAUAUAUUAAAUAGUAAAUGUUCCUCGUAUAUUCAAUUUAAAAAUGUUUCGUUUGGGAUAAAAAUUCCUACAGUUGUUGAAAUUUCAUUUGAAAUUGAUUUUUCAAUCCCACUAGGACUCUAGUGCCUUCAAAUUAUUUCAAUGUAAUCAUAAUGUUAUGAAAUUGUUACUCUAUGUUAGUGAAACAUAGAAGUAGAAUUAUCUAUGUGAAUUAUAGUGACAUGACGUGUCACAGUGAUGUGUUGCGGUCUCGCAACUAGGUUCAUGAUACUUCGUGGCAUCCAGUGUGGAUGUAUACAGAAAUUAGUAGAAUUGACCCCUCGUUCGUAUAGUAUAGCUAUGGACAUCUUAUGAAUGCAAUAGAUCGACAAUGUUGAAUAGAUAGAUGACUUUAUGUGGUUUAACUAGACUAAUUUAAUACGUUAUAAUUAUAUUAAUAAAAUGAGAUGUAUAAUUACUUAAUGUGGGUGUAUUACUGCAUUGAAUGCAUGAUUUUUCGCGAUGGUAAUAAAAUAAUAGUUUUAUUUGUAUGUAGUUGUUAUAAAACCGAAUUCGAUGUUCUCUUCCAAAUUUUGCCACAAUUUCUAUUAAAGGUUAACGUAUUCAAUAAAUUUGGUAAUAAUAUUUAAAAAUAAAUAUUUAAGAGUCGAGUUUAAAUAUUAAAUCUAAUAAUUAUAUAUUUCUGAAUACCUUUCCGUCAAGUAUUUUAGGUUUUCUUUUGUCUACCUUUAUCAAACUGAUUGUAUGUAUGUAAUUAUUUAUAGAAAUAUCAGUACCCCUGUGAUUAUUAAGGCUGUUAAUCCUGUUAUAAGUUUUUUAUACGCAUAUGCGUACCUAUUCCAGAUAUAUUUUUUUAAGAAAAUCAAAAUAAUAUCCUCUAUUCUUUGACGAAAAUCUUACUUACUCAAGUCUCGUACCCAAGGUUGGGUAAAAUAAUAAUUGAAAUAUACAGGUUAAGUUCCUAUUAUAUUAAAUUUAUGGAUUUAUUGUUGGAUAUAAGUCAAAAUAAUAAUAUUAUUAUCAUUACUUAUUUAAUUUUUACUUUAUCUACAGACGUGUAUGCGUAUAUAAAACUUAUAUUUUACUAUAAAUAGGUCUAUUUAAAGAAGCAGUAUGUUGGAAGAGAUAAUAAUAUGAGAUAUUGAUGCAACUGUUGUUAAAAACUAUAAAUUAUUUACUAUUAUUUCAAGAAUAUUUAUGUAAAAUCACUUUUCGUAUGUUCAAAUUAUCUUAAAAUGUAUAAAUACUUUUUACGAUCAAGUUGUUUAUUAUAUUAUAUUUAUGUAUAAAUUAUUAUGUUGUGUCAUUUAAGUCUAAAUUAAUUAUGUAUAUUUUGUUGUAUACAUGAGAUUAACAACAGUUGUUUAUAUUGGGUAUAUAAAUAAAUACCUAUUUUAACAGAGAUUAUAUUGUCUUUACUGCGUACCGCUAUAUUAUACGUAAAUAGGCCUAAAUAUGUUGUGUUUUGUUUCAAUGUUAUUAAUUUAUUAUUAUAUAUUUUCUAUGAACUCUAAUCUUCAUUGUUGUAAGCUCUAUAGUUUAACAUAUUAUUUUUGUGGCACUUUUAUCUAAAAACAUACGUCCUUUCAAUUUUAAUCAAAGGAUAAUAAUAUAUUAUACAUAGUAGUAUCAUUUUAACUUUCAAAUUAUAGAAACUGGUGCCACAAAAUUGAUUAGAUACCAAUUUUAUUAUAGGAAUGCGUUCAUCUAAAUUAUUGUUGUCCUUUUCAUACUUUAUGGAUUAGAAAAGGAUGACUUUUAAAUUUGAAAAUAAAGAAGUGUAUUUGGGAAUUUGGUGAAGUUGUUUUAAUCUAUGUAUAAUUAUGGUAUCAGUGACAAAAAUAUUUUUUGUUGUCUAAAGACUGUAUCAUUUUAAUUAAUGUAAUGUCUAUAUUUAUUAUUGGAGAUGAAACAUGUUGUGAAUCAAGUGUAUGCUGGACCAAUGUGGGUUGCGAGUGUGUAGUCUGUGGUAAUAGAGGUGGGUGAUUGUAUCGAUAACAUUCGUUUUUAGCUAUCGAUUAUUCGAUUAUUGAAAUUAAAAUGUUGUAAUUUAAGAUCCUUGGUUAUAAACCUUUAGCUUAACGGUUCUUUGUUAUUUUGAGAAAAAGAAUAAACUUAAUUGUGUAAAUAAA